AGGAUAGCUGUUAUCUGUCAUUUCAUUUGCCGCCAUUUACAACAGCUGAUCAAAUCAAAUGUUUGAUUGAACUCAACGUGACUCAACACAAACUAAACAAACUUUUUUUCUUAUUUUGUAUAAUUUUUGGUUGGAUUUGUUUUGUCCAUUCAUAGAGCUUGUUUUGGCACAAAUGUUCCAAAUUUACAAUUAUUCUAUUAUUCUCUAAAAGUAACGAAUCCUUCCCUCGGAAUGUCCGGCGAUAGCCUAUUAUCCAUCCGCAAUUACUUGAAAAAUAAAAUUUUCAAUAAUCAAGUAUAUUUGGGCAAUGAAAAACAAAGAAAUAGGGUGCUCGAAUUAUUACAGAGGACUGCUGAACAGGGAGAAUCGAAUUCUAUGUUGCUUAUCGGACCCAAAGGCUCUGGAAAAACUAAGUUAGUCAACAGCGUCCUCAAGGACCUCCAAGCAAACCAGAAAACCUUCAAUGAUGACUGUAUCAUAGUGAAACUUCAUGGAUUAUUACACACCAAUGAUAGAUUGGCUCUAAAAAGUAUCACAUUUCAAAUGAAUUUGGACAAUGCCGUCGAUGGUAAAGUAUUUGGCAGUUUUGCUGAAAACUUGGCUUUUUUGUUGGCGUGUUUGAAAACAGGCGAGAAGCAUACAUCAAAGAGUGUAAUUUUUAUAUUGGAAGAGUUUGACCUGUUUUGUGGUCACCAUAAUCAAACACUGUUGUAUAAUUUGUUUGAUAUUUCCCAGAGUGCUCAAGCUCCUAUAUGUGUACUAGGUAUAACGUGUCGAAUUGAUGUAAUCCAAUUAUUAGAGAAAAGAGUAAAAUCUCGAUUUUCUCACAGACAAAUGUUUCUUUAUCCUGGACCAGAAGAAAAUUCUGAAAUUUCAGAUUUAGAUUUUGCUUUAGAUAGACUGAAAUAUUAUUUGGAAAUACCAUUGUCAGAGAAAAAUUUAGCCAAAACCAGCAGUACCGUAAAGAAGAAAUGGAACACCAGUAUUCAAACAUUACUCAAUGAUAAAAAGUUUAAGAAUAUAAUUCAAAGACUGACGGACUUAGAGUUAAAUGAAAAUAUAUUGAAGUUAAUUUUGGCUAAAUGUGUUUUUGCCCUAAAUAAUAAAAACCAGAUUUUAACUGUUCAACAGUUUGAAAAAGAACUAAAUCUGUUAGAAAAAGACGACAUGGUCAAAAUUCUCCAAGACUUGAGCUUUCUAGAGUUGUGUCUGAUAGUAGCCAUGAAACACCAGUGCGAUAUUUACGAUAAUAAUCCAAUGAAUUUCGAAAUGAUUUUUACACGUUAUGUGAAAUUUGCUAACAAACAUUCCAGUAUGCAGAGUGUGCAGAGACCAGUUGUUAUGAAGGCUUUUGAACAUAUUGAAAAGCUGGAAUUAAUUUCCAUGAUAGGUCAUCAGGGAAAAAAGGAAUAUCGUUUUUUCAAGCUCCUAGUGACUCCACACCAGAUAUCUGAGGCCAUCAGUAGGUCUUCAGGUGUGCCUACAGAAAUUGUACAAUGGUCUAACAGUUCUUUGGCUUAGUUUAGAAAUUUAAAAAAAAAAAAAUGAGAAAUGGUUUCUCGAACAAAUGUAAUGCUAAGUAUAGUUUUAAUUUUGUAAUACAAAAUU